GUAGACUUUCAUAGCUAAACAGCCCCGGGUCAUGUGACCAUGAAAGCCCAGUAAAACGGCAGUUUCUAUAGUGAUGAGGAGACGCUUUUCGGCGUCGGAGGGCUGGCAGUGAGCGAUGUGAUUUAUUCCAGUUCUAUGUGAUGCUGUGCGGCUGAGGUCAGGUCCACAGACGACGAGUGUGAAGAGAAGACAUCCGGAGCAUGGCUUCCAAGAAUAAAAGAGGAUUGAAAGGUUCUAUUGAUGAUUUCCUUGGUGAUCUUCUUGGCGACGAUGAUCCAUCACCAUGGACCUCAGCUUCUGCCAGCAAAACCCGGGCUGCACGUCUAUCUAUCACCACUAAGAAAUCAACCCUUGAUGAAGACUUUUUCAGAGAGAUCGCAAAAGAAGCAGCUGAGGAUUAUGAUGUUUCAGAGGCUGAUCCACAGGAUAUUCUGGAAAGCUUGAAGGACUUGGAAGAUAUGGAUGCAGAGAUUUUUGCAUCUAGAAAGCCAAACUCGGCUCCUGCAAAGGAUUCUGGGGUGACCCGAAGUACUGCCAGUAACAAAAAAGCUGAAAACAAGACUGGUACUAAAAAUGGAAACCAUGCUCCUGAGAGUGAGAAGAAGCCACAGUCUGCACCUGCAGGCCAAGCCAGACAAUAUAAGAAAUUUUCCUUUGAUGAGGAUGCCCAGGAUGUAGAUAUUUCAUUACACCUAAAUGACCCACUUGAAGGUCUUCUGCCUGAUGAAGAUGCUAGUCUUCCUAAGAAGUCAAAAGCUACUAGUGCCAAGUCGGAAUCUCCCUUAGUAAAAUCAGAACCUGUAUCAGCAAAGACCAAUGACCCAUCAGUUGUCAGCCCAACAAGAACCCAAUCCAGACCACACCUAGGGACUCGAAGAAAGGAUGAUCUGAACUUUGAAGAGGAUGGAGAUGAUAUUAUGGAUGCUUUGGGAUUUAGCGAUGGACCACAAAGUUCUCGGAAAGUGGACAGCCCUACUGUAAAGCCUGCACGAUUAAAAAUGGAUGAACUAUUAGGAAGGGGAACUUCACCUAAACUGUUGGAGAGGCCUGCAACUGGUGGGAAGAAAGAAUUCAAACUGGAUCCUAAGUACCAGAAAAUGGCUGACAAAGAUGAUCCACUGAACGAUGAAAGCUUUGCUUUUGGUUCCUACCAACCUACAAUAGCCAUGAGCCCUGAAGGACGCCCAUCUCGCCGUUCAUCAGUCAGAUUUUCUGAGGAUGGUAAUGAAAACUUGAAAUCUGAUGCAAGGUCGCUCCCUGCCACUCCAGUAGCUCGAAGUCCAGCUCAUGGUGCAAAGAGUGGGGCUGAUUGGUUGGGACUUAAAGAUGAUGAUGUACCAGAUCUGUCUCCUUCAGUUCCUUUAAAAGAACCAUCCCCGACAUCUGUAGUAAUGCCAAAUUCUGCUGGACGUCCCCCAUCUGGGACAAAACCAGAUAACAGAACCACUCCUCAGCCAAGAACCAGCCAGACUACAUCCCAGUCAAAGGCCAAUCAGGCUACACCACCGCCAAGAACCACUGAGACUACGUCUGUGCCAAGAGUUGGUGAAAUUACACCUGUGCCAGGAACUGGUGAACCUCUACCCCAGCCAAGAGGCUCCCAUGCCGUAGAAGAGCAAAUAGGACAGAAUCAAAGUGGACUAAAAGAGGAUUCCAGAAAAGGGGCCCCAGCAGUAUUAGUGAGUACUCAGCAGCCCCGUCUUGGCAGCACAGUUAAUGAGGCUGUACCAGCUGCAGCAGAAGUAUCUUGGACCCCUCUACCUUGGGAAAGUCCUAGGAAAGGAACGUCCUCACUUCAUUCUUAUAUUAAUCCUGCAGCUCCUAGACCUAAGGGAAGCCCUGAGACAGUUCCUUUAGCUGGACCUUCAGAUACUCACAGAGAACAAAUUCAGCUUGCUCCUGCUAUGUUCAGGGCACUAGAAAAUGACAAGAACUCCCAAAGGGAGAUGCUGCAGUCAGAGGGCAGGAUAUUGGAUCUGGAGGCCCAGAUCAGAAAGCUUCAGCUAGAAAAGGAACAGCAAAAGAUGUUAUUAGAAACACUGCAACAAAGACACAAAGAAGAUAUGGAGCUCAUAGAAAACGCACAAAGAAAUCGCUUGAAGCUGGUAGAGGAUUCUGCCAGCCAAAGGGAGGAGCGCCUGCAGAAAGAGAACCAAGAGCUUUCCUCACAAUACCUUGCCCGCUGCCAGAGUACAGAAAAUGAGAAAGCGGAACUCUUAGCCCAGUAUCAGCGCAAGCUGACAGAGUUCCAGCAGGAAAAGGACAAGCAGAUAGAACGCAUUAGGGAGCUGCAGAGGUUGUCUGUCCAGGAAAUGUGCCGAGACCAUGAGGAGCAGCUGCAGCGACUAAAGCGUCUGAAAGAUCAGGAAAUUGAUGCAGUGACCAGUGCUUCAUUACAGACAAGGUCAUUAAAUGGAGUCAUUGAACAGAUGGAAGCUUUUUCCCAUAAGCUGAGUGAUCUGUCUGUGCGAGUGGAGAACACUCAGAUGACCACUUCACAGGAGAUAGAACUUGGAGCACGACAGAGGGAGGGACAGCUUCGAGCACUGCAGGAACGUUUGACAAGGCAGCAAAAAGAUAUGGAAGAGGAACGGAACAGUUUGCGCAUGAUCAUCACCAACAUGGAGACUCGACUGAGUGAACAGAGCCGCCAGCUUGAACAGGAACGUUGGAGGGUGUCUGCAGAACAGGCCAAAAUGGACUCGCUACAGCGCUCUCUAGAGGAACAAAAAAGAAUAAUGACCCAACAAUUAUCCCAGGAGAGAGAAGAGCUGGAGAGGGCAAAGAGUGCUCUACUGGAGGAACAGCAGUCCGUUAUGACACGUUGUGCAGAAGAACGCAGGAAGGUUUCUUCUGAAUGGGCAGAACUUCAUGCCCAACAGAAACUAAGCAAGGAGCGGGUGGAGAAUGACCUCACCAAAGCGAAAAUGACAGAGUCUCAGAGAGAGGGAGCUCUUAUCAGCCUCACCAAGGAACAGGCAGAGCUGAAGGUACAGGCCGCCGAACUGCGCAACAAAGAAGAGCAGCUGGCUGCAGCUAGGGAGGCGCUAGAGAAAGAGAGGCAUGAGCUACGACUUGAAAAGGAUCGGGUGUAUGCCACCGCCAUGCGUGUGCGCCAGCGAGCAGAGGAAGUAGAAAGCAUGAGCAAGCUGGCCUUGCAGCGUCAAGAAGAAGGGGAAAAUGCCUUGGCUGAGACAAAGAAGGUGGAAUCUGGACACCAAGACCGUCUGAAGGCCAUUCAGCAACAACUGGAGAGGUUGAGACAGCAGGAAGAACAUCUAAUGGAGGAACGCAAGAAUCUUGCCCACCAGAGAAGACAGUUGGACCAGCUACGCCAGGGACUGCCCACUGUUCAAACGGAAGCACAACAGGCAACAUCAGUAUCUGAAUCCAUGCAUCUUAAUGGUGUGCGUUUUGCAGGCUCCAGUAGAAAUUUCACCUUCUCAGGAAUUCCCCAGGAUAAAGCUCCUCAGUCAUCUGAAAUCUAUGCCAAGCUGGGUCUUCUCAGGCUAUCAGCACAGCAGGAUCGUGACUUUCUAGAAGAUGAGCAGCUUUUCCUAGAAGCUUUGAAGAAAACGAACAUCUCCUACUCUCAGACUGUCUGAGGAUGUUAAAUCAAAGCAAGAUGUCAGCUUACCUUGUAUCUCAAAGAAAGAUUCCUAGUAUUGUGUAUUUAUAUUUUUUGUAUAUUUUUUUUUAUACCUGCUCAAUAAAAAACCUUUCUAUGAUUCA